GGUGAUGGUGAGUCAGCCCCGGACACCCCCCCACCAGAGACAGCCCCCGAUGACACUCCCCCAUGCACGCCCCCCACGGAUGACUCCCCCGCCAAGAAGACUCAGCCCAGCCCUAAAGCCCCCCGCGCCUCCCCACAGAAGAAGCAGAAGAAUGAACGUGCCAAAACCGCUAAGGACGUGCCGCCCCUCGAGCUUAGCCUGCACCUCGAUGGCAUGUCCGUCACCCUCUUCGUGGUCUCCUUCCUCACCCGGAUCUGGCGGCUCGACACUCCUAGAGGCGUCGUGUUUGACGAGCUUCAUUAUGGGAAGUACGCUGGUUUAUAUAUGCAAAACACUUUCUUCUUUGAUUCCCAGCCGCCUCUUGGAAAACAGCUGGUGGCCCUUGCGGCAUAUCUAGCUGGCUUUGACGGAGCCUUCAAGUUCGAGCGCAUCGGCACCCCGUAUGACGCCCUUGUACCAGUGGCGGCCAUGAGGAUGGUGCCGGCCCUCUUUGGCUCCCUCCUGAUGCCCACCGUGUACAACCUCUUGGUGGAGCUCGGCCUCUCACACUACACGGGGGCUCUGGCGGCCUUCCUCAUGAUCUUCGACAAUGCGAUGCUGGCACAGUCCCGGUACAUCCUGAUGGAGGGUAUUCUCCUCUUCUUCGGACUCUUCGGGCUCCUCUGCAUCCUCAAGUUCCGCCGCUUCUACUCCCGCCCCUACAGCCUGCCCUGGUUUGGCUGCCUCACCCUUGGCGCGGCAUCCCUAGGGGCCUGUGUCUGUGUGCGAUACUUCGGCAUCUUCACGCUGCUCCUGGGCGUCGGCAUCCUGGCCCGGGACUUCUGGGAGAUGGUUGGCGACCGCUUGGUGUCAGAGAGACAGCUGCUGGGACAUCUAGUGACUCGAAUCGCUGUAUUCAUAACCAUACCUCUGACACUGUACAUUAGCUGUUUCUACGUCCACCUGAACCUGCUCUACAAAGCCGGGCCGAAUGACAACAUUAUGACCUCAGCGUUCCAAGCCAGUCUGGAGGGCGGCUUGGCAUCCAUCGUCGCAAACCAGCCCGUCAAGGUGCUCCACGGCUCGCAGAUCACGCUGCGCCACACCCACGGCCGCACGUGUUGGCUGCACUCCCACGACGCGGUGUACCCCGUGAAGUACGCUGACGGCAGAGGCUCCUCCCACCAACAACAAGUGACGUGCUACAGCUACAAGGACGUCAACAACUGGUGGAUCGUGAAGAAGCCGGAGAAGGAGGAGAUGGUCGUCAGUGAACCGCAGGAGCCCAUCAGGAACGGCGACAUCAUCCAACUGGUUCACGGCCUCACCUCUCGUGCCCUCAACGCCCAUGACGUCGCCGCUGCCAUGUCCCCGCACAACCAAGAGGUGGCUGCCUACAUUGACUACAACGUGUCCAUGCCUGCCCAAACCACCUGGCGCGUGGAUAUCCUCAACCCCGAGGCAACGGAUGGCAUGUGGCACGCUGUGGAGAGCCAGAUUCGCCUGAUUCACCUCAACUCCAGCCAGGCCCUCAAGUUCUCCGGGCGACAGCUGCCAGACUGGGGCUUCCGGCAGCACGAGGUAGUGACGGACAAAGUGCUGGACCAGGAGGACACCAUCUGGAACGUGGAGGAACACCGAUACAGCAAGACUGAGGACAAGAAAGAGCGAGAGAAGGACUUGCUGCGCUCCGAGAUGAUCCCGAUGGAGCGCAAAAACCUCACCUUCUGGAACAAACUUUACGAGCUGCAGUAUAAGAUGCUCUUCAACAACCAGGAGAAUGUCGCUGGCCACAUGUACGCUUCGGAGCCCCUCGACUGGCUCUUCCUGAAGCGUGGGGUGGCGUACUGGAUCUCGGCAAACAGCAACGCUCAAGUUCACUUCCUCGGCAACAUUGUGGUCUGGCUGUCGGGCACGCUGUCCCUGGUGGGCUACCUCGGCCUCUUCAUCGUGUACCUGUUGCGGCGGCAGAGGUCGUGCUAUGACCUCCCCGAGCCAGCAUGGAAUAAGUUCUGCUCAGUAGGAGAGAUUCUGGGCAUUGGAUACGCUGUCCACUACUUCCCGUACUUCCUGGUGGACCGAACACUCUUCCUGCACCACUACAUGCCUGCCUAUGUGUUCAAGGUAUGUCUCCUCGCGGCCAUGGUGGAGCACGGCCACUACCUCCUCGCCGAGUACCUCCGUGCCCCGCGCCUGGCCCGGGCGUACCUGGCUGGCGUGGGGCUGUGGAUGGCGGCCGUCCUCUACGUCUUCUGGUUCUUCUCCCCGGUAACUUACGGCAGCCGUGACCUCACCGCCAACGAGGUCAUGAGCCUUGCAUGGAGGGACACCUGGGACCUCAUCAUUCACAAGUAGUAGUAGUUGUUGUGACCUACUUGUUUGUGAAUUGGGCAUGACGUGGUGUGCAGUAUUUGCAGGGGGGGCAAAGGCCAUUCAAUGAGAGUCCAGUAGCAAUGGCCAGCUGGUAAAGGAUCAGAUUCUCAUUAUUUAUGCUGAAUGAUAAGGAUGCAAACUAAGCAUCCUUGUAAUCUUCCAGUAUGAAUUAAGUAAUCUAUUGGUUAUAAAUUUUGUAUAAUGUGAAUUCUGGUAGAAAAUUAUGCUAGGAUCUGCAGUGAGUGGCGAGGGGAAGAAAGUGCCUUGGUGAGUACCAUUCUAAUACUACUUAACUCUUCCAUUCUUAAGUUGGAAUUAAGGAUUCAGUUCUCAAAGUAGGAAGUGACCUCUGGCAGGUUCUCAGCGUGUUGUGAUAGGGAAGAACUCAAGACAUUCCAGUUGUACACAGUUUAUUCAUAAGUUACAUUUUUUUUUAGGUAAUUUGAAUCUUAAAUGCACAAACAAUAAUGUAAUCUCAUUAAGUAAUGUACUUUUAAUAUUGACUUAAAUCUCUUCUUCUAUCUCGAAGAAAAUAUCUGUGAUGUAAUGAUAUUCAUGAGUGUUCCUGUCUGUCCUUUAUGGUUUCAUAGUGCAGCUAUUAUGUCUGUUUUCUGUUGGACAAUUCAAAUAUUUAUUUUCCCAUGUUAGAAUAUUUUCCUCCCCUGGACAUUCCUCUUCCACCAAUCUGUGUUUGGUGCGUCUAAGGACUGUUGUGUUUGUCUCCUUGGCUGUGGAGUAACAGUCAGGACACAGAGGGAAAUGAGAGUAUGCAUAAUACUGGUGACGGGGAUAUACAAUACAUAAUCGUGCAUUGUCAAGUAAUUAUUUUUAUAUAUUUGUUACUCAUUAUUAAAGAUAUUAUGCAAU